AUCCUGAUAAGCCAAACUCAAGAAAAAUCCUUCAAACUGGCAGUAUCCCCACAGAGAACCUGCUCUUAAGAUCCCAUGAGACCAAGAAGACACCACAUCGAGUUAUUGAGAAGAAGGCAUCAAGACAAGAGCUACAAGAGGAUAUACCAUCUUCCUCCCAUUCGUAUUUAGAGCCAGGAUUGUGUUCAGAUGAUUUAAUUAAUCAACUUGACAAUGAUACUUUAUUGGAAUGGAAAAGUAAAGUGUGUGAUGAUGGCAAUGUCAAUUUUUUUCUGACUGACAAUGUCCAUGGAGUUGCCAAAUAUACAGUUGUUGUGGAUUCUUGUUCAAUGGAGUUUACGGCAUAUGCUUUUAGUUGGCUAAUACCUGAUGACCACAAUACCUACAACGAACAUAAACGAUCUAUCAAAAGUGGUGAACAGUUUCGAGAGGUGUUGUCAACAGUAGAGAAAAGCAAGCUAUGUGAAGGUGUGCCUGAAGAUCAUCAAACAAAAAAUGCUGCUAUUGAUCCGAACACUGACAUAAGACAUAACCAUUGCUAUUCCUCGAACAGUUAUUGGCCACUCUGUUCCGAAAAAACCAUCACCAAAGCAAUUUGAAGCAACUGUUUUCUUUCGUUCACCUAACUGUGAUGUCAUCAUAGAACGUUCUGAACUCUGUGAUCCAUGCUCAACUAUCACAAAACAACUAAAGAAGACAAACAAAAAGAGAGCUAAAACAUCCCCAGCAAAGAGUAAGGCUCCUCUUUCAGCAUGUGGACCUGACAAGUUACGAGCAACUGUGGUCGCUGCAAGGUCGAAGUGCAAAUUACUUGAAGGAGAACUGCAAGAACUCCAAAAGAAGAUUACCAGUCAAAGUGUAUGCAUUGAUAAGACUUUGGAGGAGGACAUUCUGAAGAUAAUGGAUGGACAAAAUCUAGAUAGUACUCCACACAUGAAAUUCUUCUGGCAAGAGCAGAUGAAGCUUUUGCAAUCUUCUAGUUGUGGACGAAGAUAUCACCCACAAAUUAUUCGGUUUGCUUUAUCUGUUCAUGGCAAAUCACCAUCUGCCUAUAGAGAGCUCAGAGAAAGUGGUGCCUUGGUAUUACCCAGUGAAAGAGUUUUGAGAGAUUAUAAAAAUUAUUUCUCUCCAAAAGCAGGGUUAAACGCAGAAAAUGUAGAAUCUUUGCGAAACAAGGUGAAAUCAUUUAGCGGAAUUCAACGAUACGUCGUACUGGUCAUGGAUGAGAUGAAGAUCCAAUCAAAUCUUGUAUAUGAAAGCAUUCUGGUGAUCUGAUCGGGUUUAUUGAUCUUGGUGAUCCUAUGACAAAUUAUGCCUGUCUGGAUAAGGAAGAUAGCGUUGCCACUCAUGCAUUGGCAUUUCUUGUUAGAGGUUUAGCCACUGAUAUGAAACAUAUCAUUGCCUAUUACUUUACAGGGAAUGUCACUUCAUACCAGCUAAUGCCCAUUUUCUGGAAAGUUGUGUCAACAUUGGAGCUAUCACUGGAUCUUUGGGUGAUUGGUCUGGUCAAUGAUGGUGCUUCACCAAAUCGAAAAUUAUUUAAUUUCCAUAGCACGUUGGCUGGUGAAGAUGAAUGUGAUGUUGUAUAUAAGACUUUAAAUCUUUUUGCACCAUCACGUUUUGUCUACUUCUUCGCAGAUUCUCCACAUUUACUGAAGACAGCUCGAAACUGCUUGUAUAAUUCAGGAUCAGGGUCACACAGUCGAUACAUGUGGAACAAUGGCAAAUAUCUUCCAUUUAGUCACAUAGCAGAUCUUUUUUCUCAGGAUCAAGCAGUUGAGCUCCAUGUGCUUCCAAAAUUGACAUUGGAUCACAUUACGCUAACGAGUUACAGCAAGAUGAAGGUGAGAUUGGCAACUCAGGUUCUCAGUCGGUCGGUUGCAAUAGCAUUGGAGGAAAGCGGAAACAGUGAUGUUUUGGGGACUGCACAAUUUUGUCGAAUGAUGAACGAUUUUUUUAUUGCACCAAUGUAAGGUCUCUUACUGAGCAUGUCAAAAAAAGAAAUGAAUUCAUCAAGCCCUACACUUCUGCUGAUGAUGAUCGGUUUGGAUGGUUGGUUGAUGUUUUUCUUCAGUACCUGGAGAGUUGGAAGGCAUCCACUCAUGAAAGGGAAGGCGACUUCUCUGAUGAUGCAAGAGGAAAGAUGUUCUUAUCCAUGCAAACGUACGAGGGUCUCAAGAUUUCUGUCUUUUCCCAUGUUGAGGCCAUCAAGUUUCUUCUGAAAAAUGGGUUCAAGUAUGUCCUGAGUGAAAGGUUUAUGCAGGAUGUACUGGAGGAUUACUUUGGACACCAGCGUUCCUAAGGACGACAAGCAGAUAAUCCUAGUGCCUAUGAAUUUGGCUACAAUGAUCUCACCAUUGCAGCGCAGCGUGACAUUGCUCCAGUUGUACGAGGAGAUGUUGGUGGCAGAUAUGAAAAGAAAAAGUGGUUUGCUGUGAGUGAUGAGCCAGUGCAGAAGAGAAAGAAAAAAUAA